UGUCCGAAACUAUCAUCGUCCUCACCAGAAUCUUCUCUGACUCAUCACAUUUCAUUCAAUUCCCUAGAGAAAAAAAUGUCGGCAGAGGCAGAGAACAUCCCCACUAACGUAGCCUCAGGAGAUGCAGAGGCGGCGGUGACGGCAAAGGGCGCUAAAGCGAAGAAGACGAAGGAAGUUAAACCUAAGAAGAAGCCUGCAGAGAAGAAGGCUACGAAGAAGAAAGCUUCUUCUUCUCCUCCAUCUCACCCUAAAUACGAAGAGAUGAUUAAAGAUGCGAUCACGACGUUGAAGGAGAGGACUGGAUCUAGUCAAUACGCGAUUCAGAAGUUCAUCGAGGAGAAGGAGAAGUCUCUUCCUCCUACCUUCAGGAAGCUUCUGCUCGUUAACCUCAAGAGGCUCGUCGCUGCUGAGAAGUUGGUUAAGGUCAAAGGAUCUUUCAAGCUACCCUCUGCUAAAUCCGCACCUAAACCGGCGGCGGUUAAGAAGAAACCAGCAGCUGUAGCUAAACCGAAGGCUAAAGUUGCGGCGAAGGCACCGGUUAAAGCCAAACCGGCAGCUAAAGUAGCUAAGAAGCCUGCUGCUGCAGCUGCAAAGCCAAAGGCUGCUAAGCCUAAAGCAAAGACAAAGACAAAGACUGUUGCUGCUGUGUCAAAGACCAAAGCUGUUGCGGUUAAGCCUAAGGCUAAGGAGAGACCUACGAAAGCGGCGAGGACUUCGAGUAGAACGUCUCCAGGGAAGAAAGCUGCUCCUGCUAAGAAAACGGCGGCUGCGACUAAGAAGGUGGCUCCGGUUAAGAGCGUGAAGCCGAAGACUGUGAAGUCUCCGGCGAAAAGGGCUUCAACGAGGAAGGUGAAGAAGUAGCUUCUCUAGGAUAUGGUGGUGGUUAGCUUCUUUAGGGUAGUCUUGUAUAAUUGAAUCAUCCUUGAAGGGGCUUGCUUUCCUUAGUUUUUUUUUUUUUUUUGGUUUCUUCUUGAAACCUUGUUCUUGUAAUUCUUUGGUUUGUCUGAAAUGAUGCUUUUUAAUCAAUAGCUAAAUCUUCAUUCCAAACUUCUAAGAUAUGUUUGCAAAGAUGCGGUUUUGUUAGGUUUAGUGUUCAUUUAUGUCUGCCUGAACAUGUUUUCGAAUGAAUCUCAAACAUUGUAUUGGUGUGCUAAGUAGAUUCAGUUUCUUGUCUGUUCUUGUUUCAUUGCUCAUGAAAGAAGUGCAGAUAACAUAUAUAUAUAUAUAUAUAUAAUGCUUUGAAGGAGCUGGUCUAUCUUAAGAAAAGAAACUUUGGCAAAGUUAAGGUGAGGUUCCAUACCUUUCUCUGAAUCAUAUGAUGCAUUUGAUUACCUUAAAACAUCUCUUACACAAUCGCUAAAUGUGAAUGGUGUCUUCGUUCCAAACUCCUAGGAUAUGUCUUGCAGAGAUGUGGUUUUGUUCGGUUUAGUCUUCAUCUAUGUCUGCCUGAAUAUGUGUUCUUGAGUGAAUCUAAAGCAUUGUAUCAAUGUGUUUAGUAGAUUCAAUUUCUUGUUUUGCUUCACUAACUGUUCUUGUUUCAUUGCGCAUUAGAGAAAGUACAAAUAACAUAUUAUGCUUUCAAGGAACUGGUCUAUCUUAAGAAGAGGUGAGGUUCAUAUACUAAUGUGUGAAUCAUAUGAUGCAUAGAACAUCUCCUAUCUUCCUCACCUUGGUGUUUUUUGGUGACAUUGUUUGAAUUCUGAAUUGAGUAUUGUUGAAUGUUGAACCUGGAAGGAGAAAGAACAAUGUGUUUCCAUAUUGAUCCAGCUUCACAAGCAGGGUUUUGGUCUACUGUAUAGCUCGUACAAUAGAAUCUGCAUUCUCAUUUAACCUCCCUACAUUCUUUCAAAAAGUCUAUCUCCUAUCAUCUGCAUAAAACCACAUUCUUCAUCAUGGGUUCUCACUUUCAUGACUUCAAAAUUUCAGGUUAGAUGCAGAGAGAAAACCUUUGGAGAACCUUCAAGAGCAUUGGGACAGUAAAAGCCUAGCGCUAUCAACUAAGUUGCUGAUGUAUAGUGUUUUUACAUGUUUUUAGCUCUUUAUUUUGGUCAUUUUAGUGUUUAGGAACUGCAUUUAGGUGGUUAUUAGGUGUUGCAUUUGUUCAUAUUGCAUAAACAGGGGCUGGAAUGCACAAACUAGAGUUCUGAGGCAAUUUCAAGGACUAAUCUGUACAAACAGAAGUUUUGGGGUCAAAACGUAAAAUGUGAAGAGCCUAGGGACCAAAGAUGCAAAAUAUCAGAAGUUAGCCAUUGUUCUGUCGUGAGUUGCAGAGCUUUAAAUGUGAAGAACCCAGAUUGCUCGAUCCUUCUGGCUCGAUCCAAGCUUAUAACUGAACAAUCGAGAGCACCGAUCGAGCUAUGUGUGAAGCUGUGGCUCGCUCGCUUCGUCUUCCUCGACCCAAGCUUGAAGCUUUCAGUCCGUAAAGCUCACAACGACCACCUCAAGAACAUUAACCCACUCGAUUCGUCACUCUCGGCCUAGUCCUUGGUUCGACGGGCACAAAUCGACCGAAGGCCAAUGCUGAACCUCCUCAAUCGAACAAUGGAGACGAUAUGGACUGCUCGACGCCUUGCCUUGGUCCAUUAAGCAUGACGACGCAACUUGAACGGAGCAGAGCACGGUGAAGACGACGGAAAGAGACGCAAGAUGCCUUCACGGCCAGAGAAGAGAUGACGGCGAGCAGCUGCGGUGAAGCGGAGACGAAACCCGAGCUCGAGACGCAGACGGAGAGAUGAAGAAGAAGGCCAAACGCCAAACGCGUUUUGGGUCAAAACGCGGACGCAGAAAAAUAGCGUUCAGCUUCUGGGAUUUUAGCGUUUAGCGAUUGUACCCUAAUUUUAAAAGAGUAUAUAAAUGUAAACCCUAGUUAUAUCUUAUCUUGUUUUUCUCUCUAAACACAAACAUAUUUUGUUGUU